AUGAUAUCUCCCCGAAUUAGUUCAAUAUGAAUCGUUACGUACUUUGCGUCAUUUUAGUUCUCCAAAUUUAUCCAAAAUUGAGUCAAACACUUGAAAACAACAAUGGAAAUAAAUUAGGCGACGUUCUGAAAAAUCACACAAAAUCGAUCUACAACUCCACGAAAAAUCAAAAUGAAGACGAGAAUAUUAUGAAGCAAGAGACGCACAAAUUGUUGUCGGAAUGUGGCGUCGAGAGUGACAAUAGCUACGAUGAUGAUGACUCUUACGGUACCAGAAGAGGAAAUAAGAGAAGAGGCAAUAAUUACGAUAACUUCGGUAACCGGAAAAGACCAAACAGACGUUACAGUGGAAAUGAGAGUAACAAUUAUAACCGUUACGGUAACCGUAACCGCGGUAAUCGUUACUCUGGUAACGAUGACGAAAAUAACUCGAACGAAAGCACAAAUCGUGGCAACAGGCGUAACAACGGUAACCGUAAUCGUUAUAAUAACGAAAACUAUAGCGACGAGGAAGAUUCAAACGAGUCCAAUCAAAGUAACAACCAGAGAAGGUAUAACCGGACAAUGUCAAAUACCGGUUACUACUAUGGCGACGGCGGUUACCAUAACGAAUGUAACGAUAACCAUGGUUACCGCAACCAGUGGCGCCCGUUUGGUGGUAACGUCGGUUACGAUUAUGGUAACAUGAGACGUGGUUAUGGCAGGAAUCUUGAUAUGAAUUUGAGGGCGAAGAGGUCCAAUGAUAAUGACGACUCACAGUGUGUGAGUCAGUGUGUUUUCGGCUAUUUGGAAGUGUUGGACGAUAAUCGAGUACCGUCCGAAACGUUGGUCAUUAAGUGGCUUCAGGACCACUUAUCGAACGAUAUGAAGCGUAUUCGGGCACUUCGUGAGGCUCGCAGGUGUUUCGCAAGAUUGUCCACGUCAGAUACCGAGGAUGGUUGCGAGUUUUCGCAGUCGCUGUCCAAGUGUCUAAAUUUAGAACUUGAAUGAUUGUAAUGUGUGCACUGUUCGAUAAUAAAUUUGAAUAAAUCCCGCAAAUUGCGUUUAUUUUAACCUUGAGGGUGGCGUAUUCAAAGCACGACGCCUCCAAACGGAAAACGAAACGUCGUGUCAUCUUUUCGUUAAAUUCAACAUUGUUUGUAAGGAUGGAAUAUGUAUCAGCCAUUUACAAUUACGAUGGCGAAAAAGACCUUGAUAUUGUCGCGCAUCUGUACUGUUUUUCUUUUUGCAAAUCCGGAUAAAGCGAAGGCCGUCCUCUCACGCAUCGGCUCACCGUUUCUUCAUCGACUUCUUGUUUCACGAAUUAGUUACACAGCGACAAACAAAAAGCAAAUAAUUGCGCUUCCUUUGGGAUAAAUCUUGAUGACUAGACAAGACACGAGUUCGUGGAAGUUGCAGAAAAACAGCCUUGCGUGAAAACAAUAAAAGGCCUAUUUUAACACCAAUUUUUAAUUAUCUCACGUGCGCAUCGUUUUUUAUUGUUAUAAUUUAAAUUAGAAAUACGUGUUGGCUGGAUUUGUAUGGACGAGAUCUAGAUAAAUUGAAAAACAAUAACUUCCUACUGAUGAAUAAUAAACAAUUAUCGUUUUUCUUACCGCAGUACUAAUGAGUGAAGGGAGAGACUCAUUUUAAAUUCUAAUUUUUUUAAUGCAUCUGUGCAAGUCAUGUCCAAUCCUAAUAAAGAUGUCCUAAGAAACUAUAAAGGGGUCAUCUCUUUGUCCACUCCGACAUUCAUUCCCAAGUGUUCGAGUUUUUAAGUGCCAUCAUGAAAUUUACGACGCUUUGCUUUGUUGUAAUCCUUUUUGCUGCCGCCCUCGCUGUGCCAAUGCCCUUUCCGGCAGCCCCCAUCGCCGGCCCGGAAAAAGACCUCAAAUCAUCGGAAAGUGCUUACAUAUACCCCUACGCAUACCCGUAUUACUACUGGGGCCACUACCCUUACCUAAUCUAUGGCAAAUAAUUCCAAAUUGUUCAUUUCAGCACAUAAUGAAUAAGUAACAGACCCUAUGUAGAAUUGUUUUAUUAAUAAAUAAUUGCAUACAUAAAAAUAA